GCUGAAGUGAACGGGAUGCGCAGAGCUGCCUGAAUGGGUCUGUAGGAAUGACAGUUUAUAACAUCAAAAAGUCGCGAUUUUAACAUCAGCAGAGCACGGAAUCAGUUCUAACCUUGUCUUCCACCCUACCGUAAGGUGUGGCUGCUGUGCCCUCCCUCAUGCCUGUUUCUCCAGGCUAUGCUCGUCUUAACCAAAAUGAGCCUAUGAACUCUCUGCGCAUCUCUGUUGGAGGGCUCCCGAUGCUCACUUCCAUGACCAACACCACGGACCCCCGCUUCCGCAUCAAAUGGAAAGCCAUCGUCGUGGUCGCGUCAGCGCUAACCCUCAUCCUCCUUAUCUACAUGCAGUUUCUAGCCUUCCACCCUCAACGCAACGGCAGACAUGGCUUGAGGUUGAACCAUCCAGAGAUCCGAGCGGAGGAUCACUACAAUGACACGUACCCCCUCAGUCCGCCAGAACACACGACCCAGGGCAUGCGCUACCGGAUCGGGGUCAUUGCUGACCUGGACACAAACUCACGCAGUGAAAAGGAGCUGACGUGGUUCAGUUAUAUGCUGAAGGGUUAUCUUCUGGUGUCGGAGAGUGGAGAUAUGGUGGCGGUUGAGUGGGAUCAGGACAGGGUGGUCUUGGAAAGCCACCUGGCAGAGAAGGGUCGAGGCAUGGAGCUCUCGGAAUUAGUGGUCUUUAAUGGGAAACUGUACAGUGUGGAUGAUCGUACAGGUGUAGUGUAUAACAUAGAAGGACAGAAGGCAGUGCCCUGGGUCAUACUGCCAGAUGGAGAUGGCUCUGUUUCAAAAGGGUUUAAGGCAGAGUGGCUUGCUGUGAAGGACGAACAUCUCUAUGUGGGAGGUUUGGGGAAGGAGUGGACCACCACCACAGGAGAGGUGCUCAAUGACAAUCCCGAGUGGGUGAAAGUGGUGGGAUUCCACGGAGAUGUGCAGCACCAGAACUGGGUGCCUAAAUACAACUCUCUCCGCAGCGCUGCAGGCAUUAGUCCUCCCGGGUACCUCAUACAUGAGUCAGCAGCUUGGAGCGACACACUGCAACACUGGUUCUUCCUUCCACGCCGUGCUAGCAGCGAGCGGUACGAGGAGACUGCGGAUGAGCGGCGGGGCACCAAUAUAAUGCUCAGCUGCUCUCCGGACUUCCAGGACAUCAAAUCCAAAGAAGUGGGACCUCUGAAUCCUACCCACGGCUUUUCCUCCUUCAAGUUUGUCCCAAACACAGAUGACCAGAUUAUUGUUGCCCUCAAAUCUGAGGAGGAUGCUGGGAAAAUUGCAACUUACAUUGUGGUUUUCACACUGGAUGGGCGAAUUCUGCUUCCUGAAACUAAGAUUGGAGACGUGAAGUAUGAGGGACUUGAGUUCAUUUAGUGCCAGAGACAUAUACGUGCCAAGAACUGGUUAAUGCCUUUUUUAGAUGAUGCACAUCUAGAUGUGAACAUUAAGGUGUCUCUUUGAUAAUUUAGAUGAAGAAUUGACCAUUUUUUAACACUCCAAAUAAUGUCAACUGGCUGUUGGCCGCCAUUGUGUAAACUUGGGUUCUGGUUGGUUGGACUAAAGGAUUUUGGAUUGUCAUGAUUUCAUUUGUUUAAGAGACUGGUCAGAGCCUUUAUCAGAAGCUAAAUUUUUUUUUGUAAUGCCAUUCUCAACGAAGACCUUUGCUCCAACAGCUUGAGGUCUCAUGGCAGUACUGUACAUAUGUGUCAUGAAUAUAACAGACUGAAGUGAUAUACAUUAGAAAACACAACAUAAUUUGCAUACAUAUCUUUUACACUAAUUAUUGAGGUGUUUUCGACGAUGUCAUAUUUCUCAUAAUGUGUGUUUUUGUUUUGUUUUUUAACCAAAUGAUGAACUACACAGAUCAGAUACAUUAAAAAAAAACUAUAUGAAAUAUACAAAAUCUGAACAGUAACAAAAUUAUGAAUGAUUAUUUUCCAUUGAUGCACCAGAGUUACUUAUUGUUUUUUUUAAUGUUUUCUGAAAACAUUUGCUAGACUAUUUUUAAGAACAAUAUUGAUGUACCUGAAGUUUUUUUAUCCAGUUGUUUGAAUCAGUCUGUGUUUAUCAUGGUUAUAGGGAUUUUAUAAAAAAAAAAAAAAAAAAGAAA